CCUUAGUACCACUCGCACACCGGUUGAAUACACCCGUCUGAAAUCGAAAAUAACCUGUCCAUUUUCAUUUGAAUGAAAAAUAUUUGUCGAUACUUGAAUCAACAUUUUUCACCAAUACCACAAGAUUCCUGUUUUUUGCGUUCCAAUUUUUUAAAAUCGAUAAGAUGGAGUAACUACAAUCUUAGAAUCUGCACAAGUUUUUAUCAAAGUAUUUCUGUUUUGUGAAUGACUUUAGUUGUUAAUAUAAAGACAGUUGAUAACAAAAUAAAAUACUGGUGAUUUUGUUUUAAUAAAGUAAUUGGUUUAGUUAAUAUACUUAUUUACUUAUAUUUAAAUCGCCUGGGAACAUAAGAGUACCGAGGGCAACAAGUGAAACCGGCAUUCAACAUGAUUUUGUACGAUCUGCAGCUAGAAGCAGGCUCCGGCGAGGGCCCCGGGCCCCCGGUCAACAACAAUACGGAGGGCGCAGUCGCGAGUCCUCCUCGCGACGAUAACCACAACGCGCAACUCACCUCCCCACGCGUCACGGCACUCACACCCUCAGAAAUCCUGAAGGUAUACAGCGAAAGACUGACGGAGUGGGAGCGGACGGAGGUGCGCAAGUACCCUGAAGUCUGGUUCCUGGGGCUGGAGGCGAACAAGGUGCAAGCUCGGUCUAACCUGCCUAACAACUGCGGUUUUGAUGAUGAAAACGGCAGUUAUAAUAAACAAAUCCACGACCACAUAGCCUACAGGUACGAGAUCCUGGAAGUGAUCGGCAAAGGUUCCUUCGGCCAAGUGAUAAGGGCCCUGGACCACCGCUCCGGCAACCAGGUCGCGAUCAAGAUCAUCAGGAACAAGAAGCGCUUCCACCACCAGGCGCUGGUGGAAGUGAGGGUGUUGGACCACCUCAGACUGAAGGACAAGGACCAAACGCACAACGUCAUCCAUAUGCUGGACUACUUUUACUUUAGAAACCAUUUGUGUAUCAGCUUCGAGCUUAUGAGUAUCAACCUGUACGAGCUGAUCAAGAAGAACAACUACCAGGGCUUCAGCCUGAGCCUCAUCAGGAGGUUCGCCAGCUCGCUGCUCCGCUGUCUGAGGCUACUCGAAGCGGAGAACAUCAUCCAUUGCGAUCUCAAACCUGAAAACAUCCUCCUCAAAGCGCGAGGCAGUUCAUCAAUAAAGGUGAUCGACUUCGGCAGCUCGUGUUACACGCACGCUCGCGUCUACACCUACAUCCAGUCUCGAUUCUACAGGAGUCCUGAAGUCAUACUGGGCUUGCAGUACGGCACAGCCAUCGAUAUGUGGAGUAUGGGAUGUAUCCUCGCGGAACUCCACACGGGGUACCCUCUGUUCCCGGGAGAGAACGAGGCUGAACAACUCGCUUGCAUCAUGGAGCUACUGGGACCACCACCCCCUGACCUGCUGCUACACGCGACGAGGAAAAGGCUGUUCUUUGACUCCAAGGGAUCACCACGGUCGGUGACGAACUCCAAAGGUCGGAAGCGGAGACCUAGUUCACGGACGCUUUCGACGGCCGUCCGAAGCGAUGACCCAGCCUUCCUGCAUUUCUUACAUCGAUGCUUAGAAUGGGACCCAAAACGACGCAUCACACCUACAGAGGCAACCCGCCACGAGUUCGUAAUAGGGUGUGCACUGGGAUCAACGCCAUCUGGAGUCCUUGCGCUACCACGUCUGCCCCCACCACGGCCGGCGAGAACUGCCCUACUGCACUCCCAAUCAGCUGGAGACGUCGCCGCGAUGCUGGGCCGAGCGUGACCUAAGGAUAGCUGAGUUAGGAUCAGUUUCAGUGGCCUUCCGUCUUCGUUUUAGUUCUGGUCACUCGUAGUUCUUCCACGACUUUAAGGCUCUCCGAAAUAAUUGCAAAAUCCUG